AUGGCCGCCACCAAGAACAAGUACUCCGUCAUCUUGCCGACCUACAAUGAGCGGCGCAACCUCCCUAUCAUCGUCUGGCUGAUCCAGAAGACUUUCAACGAGAACAACCUGGAUUGGGAGAUUAUUGUUGUUGACGAUGGCUCCCCUGACGGCACCCUCGAGAUCGCCAAACAACUCCAGCGCCUCUAUGGCCAGGAACACAUUAUCCUGAAGCCCCGUGAGGGCAAGCUUGGCCUGGGUACCGCCUACAUCCACGGUCUUAAGUUUACUACCGGCAACUUCGUCAUCAUUAUGGACGCCGAUUUCAGCCACCACCCCAAGUUCAUCCCCGAGAUGAUCAGAAUCCAGAAGGAAAACGAUGCCGACAUUGUUACCGGCACCAGAUACGCGAACCGUGGUGAUAUCAAGGGCGGUGUCUAUGGCUGGGAUCUUUUUCGCAAGUUUACCUCGCGUACUGCCAAUAUGAUUGCCGAUGUCAUGUUGAUGCCCGGCGUGAGCGAUCUGACUGGCAGCUUCCGCCUGUACAAGAAGCAGGUUUUGGAGAAGGUUAUCACGAGCACCCAAAGCAAGGGUUACAGCUUCCAGAUGGAGAUGAUGGUCCGUGCGAAGGCCAUGGGCUACAAGGUCGAGGAGUGUCCCAUCACUUUUGUUGAUCGUCUCUACGGCGAGAGCAAGUUGGGCGGAAGCGAGAUUGUGGAGUAUCUCAAAGGUGUCAUGACCUUGUGGCUGAAGGUUUGA